CACCCGACGACCUGUGAAUAGAGAAGGCGCGUGAAUCUGGUUACACAUUCCUGAUUCCCCGUCGCUUUCGUUGGUUUACUGUCCUCGUCCUCAUUCUGGAGAGGCGUCCUACAGCCAGGCGCAUUACCACACUGAAUAGCUCAUUCGAGAUAUCCGUUCCCGUAAACAACUCCCCCAUCAAAGCUUUGACAAGGACGUUUAGCAGACAAGAGAGAUGUGCCUUUCUGCAAUAAGAUAGCUUUCUUGGGGCCAACUACCCCUAUGCAGACUCCUUAACGAUCAACACUUGACCACCGCCAACAUGUCCCGCGGAACUCCCUCCCCUCUCCAUCUCCGCCAACCAAAUAUAAACAUACAAACCCUAUGGCCCAUACUUUUCCUUCUGAUUCUCGUCAACCUGACCACGAGCCUCUACUCCCUCCCUCUAAAUCGCGUCAUCGAGAAACGCCUAUGUCAAGAACACUACGCCGGCGACUCCAAUGUCACGCGGCCAGGAGGUAUGAUACCAGAAGAGCUGUGCAAGAUUGACGCUGUUCAGAAGCGGCUUGCUUGGUUUCAGGGCAUUAUGGAGACGACGUUGGUGGUGUGUGAUGUAAUCGUUACCAUCCCAUUCAGUUUCAUUGCUGAGAGAUACGGUGUUCGGAUCGUGUUAUGGUGUAAUCUGGUUCCGCGGAUUACGCUGUCAGUCAUGGCAAUUGUGGUGGGAACAUUAGAUCAUAUCCUCCCAGCAAAAACCAUCCUCGCUGGGCCAUUCCUUGCUGUGUUUGGAGGAGAAUGUGUCUUCAGCUCCACAAUCUUCACACUGACAUCCGCUCUGAGUAAUGACUAUGUACAAAGAACAUCCUACUUCUCGUACGUCAGCUCUAUCUCUUACGUCGUAGCCUUUGUCGGCCCCUCGCUGGCGUCCCUCACCAUGAGCCAGAGCUUGUGGUUACCCUUCUGUAUCAACAUCGUAUUGCUCUUCGCCGCCGUACCGACAAUCCGUCUCCUUCCAGACGCAAAACACCUCCUCGUCCAACUACCCAUCACAGACAUCAUAGACGGAGAAGUCGACAAUGAAGAAACCUCUAGGCCCCUGCUCCGUCCCAGAUCACCGAAGCCGGACAGAUACACCCACGCCUUCGACACCACCGACAAGUUCGGAAUCCUGCAGAGCACACUGCACGCCACACGUACCAUCAUCCGGCUCGUCACGGCCCGACGGAACUUCCAGAUCAUCCUCCUCUCCGCCUUCCUCACAGCUAUAGCUAGUUCCGACACCAAACUCCUCGUUCAAUAUAUCUCCAAGCGCUACGCCUGGACAUUCGCACAGGCCGGCUACCUCCUCUCCGCCAAAGCCCUCAUCAACAUCCUCCUCCUCACCGUCAUCGUCCCCCUUCUCAUCCAGCGCACCGCCUCAAGCCAAACCCUCCAAAACAAAGACGCCGUCUCAGAAACGGAGAUCCGAAUGAACUAUCUCGCUGCCGAAGCUAGUAUCGCCAUCUCCGUCAUCGGCGUCCUAUGCGUGGGUCUGGCGUUUAGAUUUUGGAUGUUGUUAGGUGCCCUCCUCACCUAUGCCCUCGGCUCCGCCCUCCCAAUCUUCAUCCUCUCCCUCCUCAAAUCCCCCCUCACAACCACCAACCCAGCCUCCCCUUCCCCCUCCCCUUCCCAGUCCCCCUCCCCCUCCAAUAACCACUCCAUCCCCAUCCUCACACUCGUAAAAACCCUCGGCUCCCUGGUAGGCGUGCCGCUGAUGACAGGGCUCUGGGUGCAAGGGAUCAGAAUCGGGGGAGCGGGGUUGGGAUUGCCGUAUUUUGUUUCUGCUGUAAGUAAGUUCUUUCUUCUGCUGUUUUGAGGGGGUGGAGUGGAGACGGGGAAAAAGGUUGGGGGGAGGAAUGUAGGAGUGAGGUUCGGGUUGUGCUAACGGGGACUUGUCUAGGGCGUGUAUUUGAGUGCGGCUGUUGUGGUUGGGAGGCUGGAAUGGUGAUCGAGACGUGUGUGCGGUCAUCAUCGAGAUAGAAGAGGAGGGGAGCAACUCAGGUUGCAACGCACUCC